AUGGUGGCACACUAUCUGCACGACCUUGCAAGCCAAGGGGUUGAUAUUUCUGAGUUCUCUGUGGAUUGGCUGCCUAAGCAUCCACCAAACUUCCUGAAGAGAAUGCGAGAGCCUUCUGAAAAGUCAAAGAAGGCCAAGAAGGCUAAAUUGGGAGAAACCUCUGGGUCAAGACCUUCAAUCCCUCUGGAUGAUUCUCCAAGUAAGUCUCUACCUCCUUCUCGCUCUGUUAAAUUAAAGCCACUUGCUUCUUCUCUUCCCCAAACCUCUCCCAUCUACACCCAAUCAGAAACACCACCCUCUACCUUAAAAUCCUCUAACCCACCUUCUCUAAAAUUCAAUCUCGCAACUACUACCUUACUCGUUUCUGAAGCAGAAAUGCUGAACGAAACCACCUCACCGUCUUCUUCUACACCUUCAUCCCUACCAUACUACAUUCUCUCAUCAGACACCGAACCCUCUGACCCCCAAUCCCCCAUACUAUCCCAACUUCAGGCGCAUGCUCUUGCCUCACAGCAACCACCACAACCUGAACCAGAAGCCACCUCUCCACCCCUUGAACAACAAAAUCCACCACCAUCUGAACAACCUCAAACACCACCUCUUGAACAAUAA